UAUUUUUCAGUCAGUUGUAUUAACGGUAGGCACUACAGGAUGAAGAGCAAAUUUGAUAGCGGGUCAUUGAAGAUAACCGCUGCCUUGUGGCCCGCUUAUCUCUAUCCAGGCGACAUUGCAGGUGAAGACUUCGACUCCGAGGAUAUACUUGAAGGGCUUUUUUGUGGAUAUCUUUUGGAGCGAGUUACUAAACACGUAUUUACGUCUCCGUCAUCUGCACUCAAGGCCGGCAUCUCUAAUGGCACAUGUGCUUGCAAUGCGAAACCCCAUGGGAUGGCGGGGGUGGUGGCUGAGCAUAUCGCAUAUGCCGCAGUUCAGGCUCACUUUGCAAUUAGCUUGCUCAACAAAUGGAAAGAUCGGGACACCUUAUUUUAUUACACUGACUUUUAUACCAGGAUAGUCAACUUAAUUUGGGGGAGGAUAGAUGGGGAGUGGGUCGACUCCCUGCUAGGACAUUAUAACAAGUAA